GCGAUCGCCGGUGCGCUGUGUCCCUCGGACACAGCGGAUCACGGAAAGAGCCGAAGAUGUCGGCUCGGCCAUGUGAUCAGCUGUGUCCAAUCACAGCUGAUCACAUGGGACAUGUACACUGAUCAUCAGGGUACUGAUGAUCAGUGUGCCCUGAUGAUCAGUGUGGCCCCAGAAGUGCCACAUGUCAGUGCUCAUCAGUGCCACAUGCCAGUGUCCAUCAGUGCCACGUGCCAGUGCCCAUCAGUGCCACAUCAAUGCCACAUAUCAGUGCAUACCAGUGCACAUCAAUGCCACAUAUCUGCCCAUACAUGCCCAUCUGAGCUGCCUUUCAAUGUCACCCAUCAGUGCCAGUCAGUGCCACCUAUCAAUGCCAAUCAG